AAUGUGAUAGUGAAGGGACUAGAUAUGUAAAUCACCAUCAGAUUUGAGAAAGCCGUCUUCCCCUUGGCAUUUCCGUUGAGACUUGUCCUUCCGAUCCAACCACUCCACCACCACCAUCACCACACCGCACGAUUUCCGAAACCGAUCAUUCUACAAAAGAUGAAACCAAUAAACCCCACUUUUGCUGAUCCCUACCCCCACCAACCCUCCCAGUAUUACUCCCAUUUCCCCACCCAAAACCCUAACCCCCCUUAUCAUCCACCUCCUCAUCACUUGCCAAUCCAACAACCCCACUUCACCGAUCCCCAUCCGCCUGGCGUUGACCCCUAUUUACGGUCCUAUUCCAUUAGCCACGCUGGUGCUUACAAUGCUCAUCAUGCUGCUGACUUCACCUAUUCUCACUCAAUAGGUGCGGCGGCACCACCACCGCCUACUUAUGUCUCGGACUUGUUGACCCAGAAUUGGGCGGCUACGGAGCCUGUUCAGCAAUAUGGCCACACCUUAUAUCCAGUUGGUGCUACCGUGCCUCAAGAUGUUUCACAACAGCUACUACCAGCAAUCCCUACUCACAGCACAUGGACCAAUCCAAAACCUAAGAAAAAGAUCCCUAAGAAAACAAAAAUUGCUCAGUCUGCCUGGUGCGAGAUAUGUAAAAUUGCGUGCAACACAGGGGAUGUUCUCUAUAAACAUAAAUUGGGUAAGAAACACUUAAAAAACGUGGAGAAACUAAUGUCGGCUGCUUCUGGUGCCACCACUACUUCCACCACUACAACCAACCCAGUCAUAGGACCUCCGGAAAAACCUAACAAGGGCAUUUCUGGAAUUAAAAAGAAGGCAGAGACCCAGCAAGAGUUGGAGAAUAAGAGGAUGAAGGUAUUGCAAGGUGGGGCCGCUGCAAGUGCUGUGAGAACUUGUACCUUUUGCAAUGUUGUUUGCAAUAGCGAGACGGUCUUCAAAUUCCAUCUUGCUGGCCAAAAGCAUGCUUCCAUGUUGAAUAAAUUACAGCAAGGUGGUGCUGUGUAAGUAUGCAUCUUGCGAAGAAAGCUGGUAAAUUUUAUACGCUUUUCUUCUAGCUUAUUACAACAAUUAGACGUCUUUUUGUUAAAUUUAAAAAUCUUUAACGUGCAUUAGGGAGAAGUGAUGAUGUAACAUUGUCUUGCAGGUGAUGAUAUUGAAUCUGAAUGAUUUGAAAUGUUUUUUUUUUUUUUAAGUCCAUGAUUUGUAUAAUGUCUAAUCUGGAGUAUUAAAAUUUAAAA